GAAGCACAGAUCACGUGAAAGAAAUGUCUCAAAGCAUUGUUCCUGUAACUUACUGUCCUUAAAUGUGGGAUAUGAGGUUCUAGAAGAGUACUUACAUGGGAACGUUGAGGCAAACCAGACUUCAGACCUCUUCAAUGUUGCACUUGGAAGAGGUUUAGUUCAGUGUGAUGAGGAGACCUCGCAUGUAAUAAUUGGCCAUGUUGCUUUGCGUCUGAGAUGGGUUUGGCUGUGUGAGCGGAGGCUUUCUGGAAGAUAUUCGUUUUGAAGUCCCUGCUCUGUGUGUGUGAUCACAGCAGCAGUUUCACUUUGUGUCGAUGAGCACAGCGUGGCUUAUAGUCAGGCCAGCCUGUCAGUGUGCGUGGCUUUGAUCUGCUUGCCCUUUGAGGGAUUGGCCGAUGUGUAGACAGAAAGGGAAGGGUUUGUAAUCUAAUGUUGUGUUUGAGGGUCAGAGAAUGGUUUGCUGAGGCUAUGGCUUUGACGUGCAGUGGAUAAGCCUGUUGGAAGGAGAGCAGCGAGAUGACACGUUUUUUUCCUGAGGGCUGUGAUAUGAAGUCGACAGUCUGGGUGGUAAAGUCAUAAGCUGCACUAUAGCACGAAACCAGUUAUUAGAUCUCCAGCAGCAGGUCGUGGGGAUUCAGCGUCAGGCACUGCACUGCACUGUGGGAUGGAUGUGCAGGACUGCAGUGCUGGCACUGAUCCAAGGCUGAGAGACAGGUUACAACAGUCUGCGGAGGAGCUGUGAACCUGCCUUAGGGGAGGGGGAUGAACACACACAGGCUGUUGCUGUACUGUGAGAUGGACAGCAUUGCUGGAGCGGAAGCCGGAGGGGUUGCGGAUGAACCUGUCAGGCUGCAGAAAGACUCCACACAGCCAGAAGACAACGACUAUGUUUCCGAGUUGUUGCUGACUCUCCCUCCUCGCGACCGUCUGGACUGGGAAGAGACGAUCAGUGCUAUGGCGAGGAGCGCUGAGGUCCCGGACCUGCCCACUGACCUUCCUCUCCGCUCCUGUGGCAGCACAGCCAGCAUGAAAGUAAAGAACGUCAAAAAGUUAACAUUCACCAAAGGCCACUUCCCCAAACUGGCUGAAUGCGCUCAUUUCCACUAUGAGAAUGUAGACUUCGGCAGCAUUCAGCUGGCCUUGACGGAGGAACAGAAUGAUGUGACCAGAAAUGGCGCUGAUACCAAGGACCUUGUGUUUCUGGUUCAGGUCUCCUGUCAGGGCAGGAGUUGGAUUGUGAAGAGGAGCUAUGAGGAUUUCCGGGUCCUGGACAAACACCUUCACUUGUGUAUUUAUGACCGACGUUUCUCCCAGUUGGCUGAGCUGCCCCGCACAGGCUGGCUGAAGGAGCCUGCGGAGAUUGUGACCCAGAUGCUGAUGGCCUAUCUCACCAGGCUCUCUGUGAUCGCAGACAACAAGAUCAACUGUGGCCCAGCACUCACGUGGAUGGAGAUUGAUAACAAAGGGAACCAUCUAUUGGUGCAUGAAGAGUCCUCCAUCAACGUCCCUGCCAUUGCUGCUGCUCACGUCAUAAAGCGAUACAACGCCCAAGCCACUGACGAGCUCUCCUUCGAGGUUGGAGAUAUUGUCUCAGUUAUUGACAUGCCUCCCAAAGAGGACACCACGUGGUGGAGGGGAAAGCAUGGCUUUCAGGUUGGGUUCUUUCCCAGUGAGUGUGUGGAGCUCAUUAAUGAUAAAGUUCCUCAUUCUGUAACCAGCACCAUGUCAAAGCCAGUUUCCAAGAAGCACGGGAAGCUGAUCACUUUCCUCCGCACCUUCAUGAAGUCUCGGCCGACCAAACAGAAGCUGAAGCAGCGAGGGAUCCUGAAGGAGCGGGUGUUCGGCUGUGACCUGGGCGAACACCUGCUCAACUCCGGCCACGAUGUCCCCCAGGUACUCAAAAGCUGCACGGAGUUUAUUGAGAGACACGGAGUGGUGGACGGGAUCUACAGACUUUCAGGGAUUGCGUCCAAUAUUCAGAAGCUACGGCAUGAGUUUGACUCGGAGCAGAUUCCUGACCUGACGAAGGAUCUGUACCUGCAGGACAUCCACUGUGUGGGCUCCCUGUGCAAGCUCUACUUCAGAGAGCUGCCCAAUCCGCUGCUCACCUACCAGCUGUACGAGAAGUUCUCAGAUGCUGUGUCUGUGGCUUCAGAUGAGGACCGCUUGAUUAAAAUCCACGAUGUCAUCCAGCAGCUGCCGCCUCCUCACUACAGGACCCUGGAGUUCCUGAUGAGACAUUUGGCGCGGCUGGCGACCUUCAGCUACAUCACCAACAUGCACACCAAGAACCUCGCCAUUGUCUGGGCUCCAAACCUCCUGAGGUCCAGGCAGAUCGAGUCGGCCUGCUUCAGCGGCACUGCGGCUUUCAUGGAGGUGCGGAUUCAGUCCGUGGUGGUGGAGUUCAUUCUGAACCAUGUGGACGUGCUGUUCAGCUCGAAACUCAGCUCCGUCAUCAGGGAAGGAGCAGGUCACAGUUCUCUGUCGAGACCCAAGUCGUUGCUCGUGUCGUCACCCUCCACCAAGCUGCUGACCCUGGAGGAGGCUCAGGCACGAACCCAGGCCCAGAUCAACUCCCCAGUCACCGUAGACAGCAAGUACAUCGAGGUGGGCGAUGGACCUGCAGCGCUGCAGGGUCGAUUCCACACCAUCAUCGACUUCCCCAUCGACAGGAAAAGGACCAUGAUCAAAGCAAAGAAAUCUCCAGUUGGGACCUGGCGUUCCUUCUUCAACCUGGGCAAAUCCUCAUCCGUAGCCAAGCGCAAACUACAGCGGAACCCCAGUGAGCCCAGUGAGAUGAAAGCCAUGGCGCUGGGAGGGAGGGGGGAUUCGGGAACCCUCCGCUCUGCUAAAAGUGAGGAGUCCCUUUCCUCACUGCACAAUGUAGAAGGAGAAUCGAAGCUCUACAGACCUCGUCGACCUCGCUCCAGCAGCGAUGCUCUGUCCGUUUCCUUCAAUGUUGGCAUCCUUCCCAGCCUCAAUCAUUGCAACUCGUAUGACAACCUGCCCAACGACGAGAGCGAAGGAGAGGACACUAUACUGCAAGUGCCUGCCCUGGUGUCCCCCAGGAUGGAGGAAGUGGAGCUGAGCCCACCAGACAUGGGAGCAGCUGGGUUGGACUUUGACCCAAUGUCCUUCCAGUGUAGUCCACCUCGGGCAGAUCCCGAAGGGCCUGACUUCAGCACACCUCAUGUGGAUUUUUUUCCCUUCAUCAGCAAGGACAGAGCAAUCGGUAGCAAAAGGGAGAUGGAACUGGGGAGUGAGCAUCAAACCCCAGGAAGCGGAAGCAGUUCAGAGCCAGUUUCUCCUUCGCCAGACAAGCUCAUGAGCCCUUUCUUCUCUCCUGAUCUGAGCCCCACUGAGGAUAAACUCGCCAAGCCAACCUCGUUUGCAGAAAAGAUGGUCCAUGCCUUCUCCCCCAAGGUCGGACGCAAGUCACCCAAGUCUCCACCAUUGACUAUUUCUGAGCCCAUCACUAUAUCUGUGCCAAUGCGAGUGUCUGAGAUGAUUGGCAGCAUGGCGACAGUUUCACUGGGUACCUCUCCGUCUUCCCCCAAGCCUGCUGUGAGCAGCAAUGUGAGCAAGUCCCCUCCGCACAUGAUCUCGAUGCUGCUGAAGACCAGCGAGGGGCAGAUCCCAGAGAGCUGCCAACAGGAGAUCCACAGGAAGUUGUCUUCUGCAGCCGUUGGGUCAUCAUCAGACGCCAGAGGUCAACACCCAGAGUGGUACGAACUGACUAAUCAGAAUAAGACUGUUUCAUCCACUCCAUCGCAGUCGGGGGGUAAAGGUCAAAGUCCGGAGGGGCAUGAACCAACCAAUCAGAAUAAGGCUUCUCCACCCGCUCAAUCACAGAUGGUUAAAAAUCUACGACCAGAGUGGCGUGAACCAACCAAUCAAAAUAAGGCUGUUUCGUCCACACAGUCACAGACAGGCACGGUGGCCGAGUCCCCUCAGGAGGCUCCUGCGGUCAGCGCUGUCCCUCUCCUCCCACCACCUCCGCCUCCCAAGAGCGCUGCCCGCCUGCUGGCCUUGGCUCUGGCCGAGAGCGCCCAGCAGCAGCAGACCAGCGCACAGCCUCACAGGAAGAAGGGGAACCAGCCCCCCGUCCCCCCGCCUGGGCCGCAGAUAUCUGUGGACCGCUCCCACCCUCCACCUACUCCAAUGGACCGCUCCCACCCUCCACCUACCUUCAUGGAGCGCUCCCACCCUCCACCUACCCCCAUGGACCCCCCAUGGACCGCUCCCACCCUCCACCUACCCCAUGGACCGCUCCCACCCUCCACCUACCCCAUGGACCGCUCCCACCCUCCACCUACCCCCAUGGACCGCUCCCACCCUCCACCUACCCCCAUGGACCGCUCCCACCCUCCACCUACCCCCAUGGACCGCUCCCACCCUCCACCUACCCCCAUGGACCGCUCCCACCCUCCACCUACCCCCAUGGACCGCUCCCACCCUCCACCUACCCCCAUGGACCGCUCCCACCCUCCACCUACCCCCAUGGAUGAGAGCCCGGAACCCCAGUCUGAGGCUCUCCCUCCUCCCCCCCCUGUCACCUCCCACCACAAGUCUGCUCCUCCCCCUACUCCCCCCGUAGUAAGCAGCCACCACAAGCCUGUACUUCCUCCUCCUCCCCCUGCAGUCACCAACCACCACAAGUCCGCACCACCCCCUCAUCUCCCUGCAGUAAGCAGCCACCACACCUCAGCACCACCAACUGUCGACCCCCAGCCCGCCACCGGACAAGCCCCUCCCAGCACCAAAGUGGGCCCUACACCUUCUGGCCAGGUUCGAGGUUGCACAUCCCCUGUGAAGCAGCCGGAGACUCGCGUGUCUGAGCCGUUGGCUCCUGCGUUCACCAGUGAUAUCACCUACACGAGCCGUCCGGCCACCGCCAUGGCUGUGCACAGUGGGUACCAGGAGAAAGCCAGAGACAGCGCAAAGGGGCCAGUCACGCACCCGAGAGCUGAAUCUGUUCCUCCUGAUCACAGCUCUUACAGCAAAACUCCACCCACCCCACCCCUGAGAUCGAUGGAAAGCAAGAUAGCCGCCAGUCAUUCCUUGGUGGAUACCAUCACAGCCUCCAACUUCCAUUCCUUCCUAGCUUCAACAACGAUACCAUCUUCUAUUGAGGAUGCUUUACCUCCAGCGCCACCUGCCAAGCCACCUUUCCUUUACCAGUCACAUCCCUAUCAUUCCAAGGGGGAGAGCUUGCCAGAUCCCGACACCUACUACCAGCAGAAGCACCCUCAUUUCUCCCAGCCUCUCGUGUAUCAGUGUCGGGCUGACAGCGUUCCCCAGCACCUGUCUUACCAAUGCAGAGCCGAGAGCAUUCCCCAACAUCCCGCCUACAACUCCCGCCCGGAGAACCUGGCCUCCGCGUCGUCCAGAUUCAACACGUUCAACAGCAGCCAGCUCAAAGCCAUCAACCUUCACAUGCCCAAGCCCCGCUCCCACUCCAGGGUGGACUACGCUCUGGCGGGGACCACAGGCCUGCGGGCACACGGCUACCCACACGCCCAGUUCGAGGAGGCACCUUACCCGACAUUGAGGCGGGUCCACUCCCUGCACGUCCCGCCAUCUUCCAUUCGGUCGGUUCCCAUCUCGAGAACAGAGGUGCCUCCAGAGGAUGAGAUUUACUAUUACCAGCGGCCCAUCUACCAGUACAAGGCCUACCAGCCCCCGCCUCCCCCUCAGUCGGAUUACCACGUCACUCAGCUGCAGCCUUACUUCGAGAACGGCCGGGUCCAGUAUAGGUACAGCCCGUAUUCCCCCUCGUCCUCGGGGUACAGCCUCCACGCCACCGAUGGCACCUUUUACGACCUCGCCGAUCCCUAUGGUUCCGCGAGGCUGAGGCCGUUCCACUCGUUCACCAGCCGGGAUGUCCCGCAGUACGUCGGCAGGUUUCACGGAAAGAGUGCACCCUACCCCAGUGUGCCCCCGCCCUACCCCAGGGGCAGCGCCCACCACACCAACGCAGUGAGCAGGGAGCACAGCUUUGUGAGCCGCGACGUACCCCCUUCCCCGGACGUCAAGCUGGCCCACAUCAUGUGGGACGCCGAGGACUCGGAGAAGUCCCGCUUCCAGUCCAUCCGGCGGGAAACGCGAGCCCGGCAGAAAUCCAAGGGCGCCGUGAUGUCCCAGUACGACAACGUGACCCCAGUCCUGCAGGAGGAGCUUGGCGGCCUAGAGGUCGUCCACCUCCGAAGCAAGUCCGACCCCGGGAAGAGCGGCCUGCUGAUGUCGAGCGAGGGGCAGGAAAGAUGGCACCCAGGGCCUGGAAAAACCCCGGAUCCCGAUCAGCUGUAUGCCUUCCAGCGCCAGGAGGGCGAGCCCGACAGCCCGGCGCCUGCGUACCUUGGCUCCUGCGCUCACCACCACCACCAUCAUCUUCAGCAUCACGGGGUUUUCGGCAACGGUCAGCUAGAAAAGCCGGCACUUCCUCAGAAGCAGAGCAACAGUAGGGCCAGGAAGGGGCACGAGCAGCCCUACGACCAGUUGCACUACGCGGCUGGGCUGCAGCAGGAGUCCAGCCAGAGGCAGUUGCUGGACUCGCAGACGUACAGCGCGCACCCCGUGCUUCCCCCGGCCUACGGCCCGAAACACAGGCAGGAGCACCCGGACUCCCAAGCAUAUCUGUCUUCAACUGGAAAAUACCUGCUCUCCUCGGCCCAUGAGGCCCCGCGAGGGAAUUACGACGACCAGGCCACCCGGUCCCCGGAGGAGAGACCGGAGCUGGAGCGGCCGAGAGUACGGCCGAGCCCAGCCGACAAGCCCACCCGAGCGUGUUACAGCGAGGAAGAGGAGCUGAGCAGAAUCUCGGUCCCCAGCACCAGAUAUCAGCAGCACCCUGACCCUCUGCCCAGGGAACAGACCGUCUCGUACCCCUGCCCGCUCCACCUGGGCGGACCCCGGCACAGCACGUUGACCGUUGCGUCCCAGUACGACAACCUGGAUGACUAUCACGCGGUGUCGCAGCAGCAGAGGGCCGGGGUGGGGGGGAGCAUCCAGUUUGCGGCCCCAGGCCCCGGUCACCCGGCCAGGACAUUCGGCACCGCUCUAGGCCAGGGAAGCUACCUGCCCACAGACCUGACGUUGCAGAGAUCGGAGGCCGAGGUGCACGUGGAAUGAGCAGAGAUUUUAGUCCCUACAGUGUCUGCUGGGCAGCGCACUGUUUUAUUUUUUAAAAAAAGAGAGAAAAAAAAAUCAUCCCAGGAAGCUGUUUUUAAACCCUAAAUAUCCCGAAUGUCUGACCUUUCCGUCGUGUGUUUGGGCCUCAGUAACUUAAGGAUCUGUUUGGACAUCAGUACAUGUUCCAUGAGGCGCUGUUUUGUGUGAAAGACUGCCCCCCCCCCCCGGGUUCAACACUACAGAGAAUUAUGUUCUGUGUUUUUUUUAAACUAGCGAACAGCAAAAUCAUUUGGCUUUUAGUGGAGCCAUUGGCUCCGCCAUCUGUCAUUGUCAGUCCUGGAGAGGUAGCUGUGUGGCUUUGACAAAUGGGGGGGGGCCUCCUGUUUGUCAGUUAAAAAGAAACUCAGUUCUGGGGGAGUGGGGGGUGAGAGGGUGGGGGGCCCUGCUACCAGAUUGAAAGGUUAAGUUGGAUCCACGAGCAAUCCUCCCAUUCCUGGCUUCAGACACCGGGUGUCAGCCAUUGCAGGCAAAGCGCAUUGGGUGGUCAAUGGCAAUAGGAAAUGCCACCUUGGCUACCCUAACCGAGCAACAUCUAGUUUCCAUCUGCGGGCCAGUUAACCUAACCUAACCUACCUGCCUGAUGCCAUUCGUUCUACCAGGCAUUAUUGGUAGUCAGUGAAUUUGGGGUGAUUUUAACUAUUGCAUAAAUAUAUUUGUCCACCUCGCUUGUACGUGUUUAACUAACUUACUAUUUGGGCUUGAAGCUAACCAGAUCUGGGAGUCGGGCACUGCACGUUUCAAAAAUGUCACAAACGAUUUCGAUCCAUAAUCAGGCGUUUAUAAAUCGCUUCCAACCUGCCACAUGGAAACCCUCCCCUCCACUGGGAUCCUUCCCGGAGCAGCGUGUGGGGGAAGUCAGGCUGAAGAUGACCCUCAAUUGCUGGGAUCGACAGCUUUGCCCCACUGGUAUGUUCACAGCACAGUUGCUAGGAGGUUAGUAGUAGUGUAUAGGAGCACUCGGCAUUCAGGCUUUGUCCUUGUACUGGAACUGCUGGAUCACUGGAGUGUGUUCACACUUCCAGCUGUCUCUGGCGACUUUACUCCCUGACACUGAGCCACUGUCACUUCUCUUGUCCAAUUUUAAGGACUGUCCUUUACUGAGCAACAUUGCUUAAAAGUGAGUCAGAACGAAUGGUCAAAAAUGUCUGUCUGCAGUUUGCUGGGAGAUUUCGGUUUACAUUGCAAAGAUCUCAAAGGGUUCUGAAUUCUCCUGAUGUUUUUUUUUGUUGGUGACGCUUUGCUUUGUCUUGGGUAAUUUGUGAAUCACAUACCAUAUUGUAUCUCAUGUUAGUCUCAUAAUUUACAAAAUGAAACACUGAGUGAAUACAACAACAGUGACCUUUCCCAGGGAUUUCCACAUCAAUAGUAAAGGUGCUGAGUGUGAGUGAAAUCUCCUGAGUAAUGGAGACUGGGGCCCUCAGCAAAUAUGUCCUUCCCCACGGAAAGCUAGCGCUGACAUUACUAAAUGAUCCACCAUUGAUUUAUCCUAUCCUGGACACAAUGACAAGCAAAGCAGGUUUAUGAUAAGCUCGUACUAAAGCAUCCCCUGUGACUGUUAAGCAUCUGUUAUUACCAUUGCAUCAACCAGCACAAGACAUGAGGUCACAGUCAAGCAGCUUAGCCUUUUACUCCCGUGUAGACAAAUACUACCACACAGAGGUUACAAGGCACAUUGGGCGAGGAUUUGGCAAUAGAGGUUUGCACGUGGAUUAGUGUCCGUGUUUUGGGAGAGGGGCCUCGAAGGACUUUCUAUACGUGUGCCUUCAACACAGAAAAUGUUCCUGUGUUUAGAUUUGCCUUUUUUGUAGCUGUUUUUAUUUGAACACAGCGAUUGCUGAGACUCGCUUGGAGUGGUUGCUGAGCUCAGAGAGAUGAAUCCACACAUGUAUGGGGCUCACUGAUCCAGUACGGCCUGGGAUAACACAGACACUAAAGUGAGUUCCACUGUAAUGCCAGUUCCCUAAAAUAACCAGCAAAUCCAGAUGAUAUGAGGAAAAAAAGGGAAUGAAUUUACAAACAGUGCUUUUUAAAAAAAAAUAAGAAACCCGAUGAUGAAACUCCUAUUCCUUGUCUUGUUGAUACAGAAAUUUUCAGUACAGAAAGAGGCUGUUCAUUCAGCCUAGGGUGUCUGUGCCACAGCUCCCUGUGUAACCCUCCCUUAUUAUAAACCCCACUUCUUUCCCACAUCCUUAAAUAUUGAUGAUUAUUAAGGGUUAAGUUAAUGAUUGAGGCUGCGUCUCCUGCAGGAUGUACAGUCAGGGUUCAGUGGCAGACAUAUUCUGGUGCUCUGGUAGAAUUGGGACUUACCUGUCAACACUUGUACCUCAAUGGAGAGAUGGUGAGGUUUUGCCCACUUGCCCACAGUGGUCAUUGUUAGAUGUAAACUGGACAUGUCAUAAAAUACCAAGGAAGGCCUGAAGGUCUAAGUUGACUAAACUGUUGUGGACCCCUGUGAUGGUAAGCUGGGAAUGGCCUCCUGCUGCGAGGAAGACGUAGAAAGAGGAUUCUCUUACAGAUGGAGUAAACUUUGGGAAUUGUGAUUUGCUGAUUAGUAAUUAAUGUUCCUAGCUGCACACACCACCUGCACCCAGCAAAUCCUUUUUCGUUCCUUUUAACGUUCUUUGUUUCAAUCCCCCUAAACAUUGCUCCACAUGACAGAGUUUGAGAUGGGCUGAGACCUGUUCCUUGUGAUUAAAGUGCAUCGUUAGUCUUAAUGUCUGACUGAAGGGGUCGAUGUCACAGGAGCUCUGGAUAGAGCUAAUUUGACAUUCUGUAAACUUGUGGGAGCCACAUUGUGUGUCUCACCCAGUGGCCAAGAGGGAGAUGCCGGGAAUCAUAAGACUGUGCCUAACUUGUGUACAAAUUACUGACAGAACUGGAGAAAAAAACAUUGGCAGCAAAAGAAUAAAGACUUGAGACCAAAUCUGGCACAUUCUUAGGUUCCUGAGACAUCUCUUGAGUCCUGCGGAUUGGGAGGUUAUAACGUACUGUGCUGCCACACCAUGAGAAUCAAUCUGCCUAUUUCCUGUGACUUUUAUUUUGUGUCUUGAUGUAAAAUGUGACUAGGAAACAUUCUUGUAACUAUGUGUAAAUACUGGAUUAUGUUUGUGACUUCUGUACAUAUCAGACUGACUCCUCUUGCUGCUGCCAAUCUUGUAUCAAAACUGGAGUUGAUUUUUUUUUCCUUGUUUUUUUUGUACUGUACAGUGAUGAGCUGGACUUGCACAAUUCUGCAGUGUAGCGUUGUUCCAUUUACAAGGAAUCUCACCUGCAUUACAUAAAAAGGCAAUGUCAACCCUA